UUAAAUAAAGCUUGGUAAAACAUUUAAUUGGAUAUAACUUUUAGUUCUACUUGAAUUGCAAAGUAGUAAAACCACUUUUCUGAAAAUAUUCCGUAAUUUGAACCUUUGACUAAUUCAGACUGCCCUUCUUUUAAGCCCCCUUCAUUGAGAGUAAGUUUGGUGUAGUAUAAAGUGCACUGGUUUUGGAAUAGAAGGCCUGAUUUAAAAUCUGGCCCUGGCACUUAUUUGUUUGACCAUGGGAAAGUCACUUCAAACUGUUCGAGUCUCACUUUUCUGUAACAUUCCAUCCCUGACUAUGAUGGGGAUAAAAGUACUUGUUCAACCUGUCUUACAGAAUUAUUGUGAGGAAUAUUCUAUGUAAAGUUGAAGUGAUAUGUAAAUGUAAAAUAUUCCAAAUUAAUGUGAUGUUACUGUAUUUCACUUGAUUUUUUUCUAUAGUUUAUUUAGAACUUUUUGUAAGCAAGUGCAAUUUGGUUGUUUUGAAAUGAAUUAAGAUCAUAUUGUAUAGAUGCUUGCUGCUUUGUCUGACUGAUUUGGUGGGUAACUGGUAUGUAGUGGUUUAAAAUUAGCUAAUUAGUUUUUCUUUGUAACAGUAAUUAUCUGUGGGAGUUCUAGUCCAUAUUAUGUUCCUGUUCAGUAAAAGCUCAUUUGAUUUUAGUGAUGGUGUAGGAAUUGUUUCAAGGUUUUAAUGAAGACUAGUUUGUUUUUUUGGGUUUUUUUUAGGAGAUGGGUGUAUGAAAACUUGGUUCUGUCUGAAAGUUGGGCAUAGUGUAUCCAGUGUGUACAAGUGUCACAGGUGGUGACACUUGGUCGGAUUGGAUUUGUGGUUUACAGAUGACAAAAGGAUUUCAGGCAUUGUCUUUUAUGGUUUCCUUUCCUUAGUACUUUGAAUGGUUGAGUUGUUGCUUUAUUUUGCUUCGUUUCAAAAAGGAGGAAGGAAGAGGAGUUGAACAUUAGUAUAAUCAUAUCUUGAGCUGGAUUUUUGUUCCUUUCAUGGAUGGAAGUAAUGGAGGGUUUUCCUCCUAAUAGUCUUGGAGCUCUUGAGUUUCAGCUAUUCGUUGUGGAACAGUUGAUGAGCAAUUAAUUUCAACCAAGUUUUCACCAUUUGCUCACCUCAAUUCUCAUUUUAUAUUUUCUUUUCUACUUCUAAAAUGGAAUCAAUCAGAUUACUUUAAAAAAACAUUUAAGCAAAGACACAGUAUGUGGCUUUUUGCUGAAGGAGACCUGAUUUGCCCUUGGAACAAAGAAGAAUAUUUCAUAAAAAUGUGCCCAUAAUGGUGGUUCCUUGCAGUGCUUCACUGUUGUGUUAUAGCCACUGAAAUGGACAUUCUACAGUAAUCUGGCAUUGUUUAAGACAAAAUACAGAUGGAGCAGGCAUUAAUUAUGUUUCAUUUUCUUUCCACAGUUAAGUUGGUUUUACAGAAUUAUCAGGUCUUCGAGAAAAAAAAAAUAAACAAACAGGUCAUUAUUGCUGUGGUUUGAGCUCAGCAUGGCUGUAGUCAUCCGUUUACAGGGGCUUCCUGUUAUUGCGGGGCCUGUGGAUAUUCGUCACUUCUUCUCGGGAUUGAAUAUUCCUGAUGGAGGAGUGCAUAUAAUUGGAGGAGAAAUUGGGGAGGCUUUUAUUGUUUUUGCAACAGAUGAAGAUGCACGACGUGCCAUGAGUCGUUCAGGAGGGUUUAUCAAGGACUCCCCUGUAGAGCUUUUUCUUAGCAGCAAGACAGAAAUGCAGAAUACCAUAGAAAUGAAACGAAAAAGAUUUGAUCGUGGAGGAAGAGAACUGAUACCAGGCUCCAAAAGACCUGGAUCUAGUAGUUCUGGUGCAUCAGGGGUUGGCAGCCUAUCUAAUUUAGUUGAGGCUAUUAAGAAAGGAAUAAAUAAACCUGGCUAUGAUCCUUCGGAUGAUCCAGAGGCUGGUUUUCAUACCAAUGGUACAAGACAUGGUAUUAUGGGGCCAAGAAAAGAAACACGUACAUUCAAGUCAGAUAACCGUUACUUAUUUUUACGUGGUUUGCCAUACUCAGCAACUGAAGAUGAAGUACGUGCUUUCUUUCCUGGAUUAUGUGUGGAUGGAGUCAUUUUACUAAAACAUCCGACUGGCAGAAAUAAUGGUGAUUGCUUGGUAAAAUUUGCUACAUCUCAUGAUGCUUUAGGAGGGCUUCAACGCCAUAGACAUUACAUGGGCUCAAGAUUUGUUGAAGUUAGUCCAGCUUCAGAGCAACAGUGGAUUGACUGUGGCGGUAGCGUAGAUAUAAAGGAUGAAGUUCAUUUCAGGAGUGAAGAGCGUUCUCCACAAAGAGGAAUAAAUGAUGCACAUUUGAAAAAACGAUCACGAUCAAAAUCUCCAAGAAGAAUGAAAAGACGCUCUCGUUCCCCUCACAAAUACGGAUUUUAUGUUCACUUAAAAAAUCUAUCACUAAGUGUUGAGAAGAGAGAUAUAAAAAAUUUCUUUAGAGAUACUGAUCUGGCCAGUGACCAGAUUAAAUUUUUGUAUAAGGAUCAGAAAAGAACAGGAUCUGCCUUUGUGAUGUUUAAGACAUUGAGAGACUAUAAUUCUGCUCUCGCCUUGCACAAAUUUAUAUUAUUUCAUCGUCAAGUUCUUAUUGAUCCUAUAUCUAAAAAAACAAUGCUGAAAUUCAUUGAAUGUUAUGAAAAGAAAAGAUCAGGGUCAGUGGGGAGAGAACGACCUGGGCAUAUUCCGGAAAAAAGCUACCGGGAAGGACAUUCUGGCCCAAAGCUGUGCAUAUAUAUAAGAAAUUUUCCAUUUGAUGUCACUAAAGUUGAGGUGCAAAAGUUCUUUGCUGGGUUUUCUAUUGAUGAGGAUGAUGUUUACUUGCUUUAUGAUGACAAAGGAGUUGGUCUGGGAGAGGCGUUGGUGAAAUUUAAAUCAGAAGAACAGGCGAUGAAAGCUGAAAGUUUAAACCGACGAAGGUUCUUGGGAACAGAGGUAUUAUUAAGACUUAUAUCUGAGGAACAGAUGCAGGAGUUUGGUGUGAAUAUUUCAUCGAUCCCAGGUGAGAAAAUGCAAGAUCAUUCACAGACACGAGAUAGAGAUGAACAUUCCCAUUCAGUUGAUACACAAGGACCAUCUGUGCAUUCAUUCGGCCCUCCUGGGAAAUUCCGGCAUCCCCCAGAGGAUUUUCGUCAACAACCUGAUAAUUUCCGGCAUCCUCCAGAUGAUUUCCGACACCCUCCGGACAGACACCCUCCAGAUGAUUUCCGGCACCCUCCAGACAGACACCCUCCAGAUGAUUUCCGGCACCCUGCAGACAGACACCCUCCAGAUGAUUUCAGACAGCAGGAUAGUUUUAGACCACCACCUGAUGAUUUCAUGUGCCCACCUGAUGAUUUCAGAGGUCCUCGUCCUUUCAUGAAUUUUGGCCCCCCUGAAGGUGAACCUUUUGGCCGGUUUGAUUUUGGAAACAAUAACAUGGGAGGUUUUCCAGAGGGAAGAUUUAUGUCUGAUCCAAAUUUUAAUUGCGGCUCAGGUAGAGUAACUCCUAUUAAAAUAAUGAAUCUUCCAUUUAAAGCAAACGUCAAUGAAAUCUUGGACUUUUUCCAUGGUUAUGGAGUAAUACCAGAAUCAGUUUCAAUACAGUAUAAUGAACAAGGAUUACCAUUAGGGGAGGCCAUUGUUGCAAUGGUAAACUAUGAUGAGGCUAUGGCUGCUAUUAAUGACCUGAAUGACAGACCAGUUGGCCCACGUAAAGUUAAACUAAUUUUGCUCUAGAGGCUACUUAUAAAUUGAAUCACCCCCACUCCCCCCACAGUAUUGGUGCAGCAAAAUGCAUUUGUAUAAAAAAAAAAAGUGUUUAUUUUUAAUUACCAAAAAGCCCCAAACCUUUAAUUUUGACAAUUUCUGUGAACAGAGCAAGUUGUAAAUAGUGGAAUGUUUAGAUCUUUUUUUCUUAAGUUUUUUUUUGUGUGUGUGUGCAAAUUGCCAUCUAACUUUUUUAAAUUUUCAAUUUCAUUAUGCUUUUAUUCUUUGACAGUGGAAGAUAGCACUAAUCCUUUAAAUGAUUUAUGUAAAUUGCAUAGCUUAACUUCAAAAAUUGAAAAGUAGAGUUGUAAUGUAUUUGGGAAAAGGGAAAUUUUAAUUCUUCCUUUUCAUAGCCCAUAGUAUCUUUAUACGAAUGUUUAAGGAAAUGUUACAUGAUUGUUCAGGGAUGACAUUUUCAGUGCUUACCUGACUGUACAAAUACAAUUCCCUAACCACCACCUGGGAUAAUAUUGUAUUUAGUUCCAUGUUAAAUAUUUCAAAAUGGACAGAAUGUAAACUUGAAAAUUUCUUCUGUGAAAAUCUUACUAGACUUGUUGUUUCAUAUGUUCACAGGGAUUCUUAAAAGUUUCCAUGUUCAUUACUUUACAGAAUUAAAAAAAAAAAUAAAGAUACAGCUGAAUGGACCAAC